AUGUGUUCGUCUAAGUACAGCUUUGAUCAUCCAUCUAAAGUCAUCAUCACUUGGGAAGUUCCGUCUACCGAUUCUGGUUUUGAUAACCAGGCUUAUGCUCGCGGGUUAAAGUCUGUGUUGAAAUCGCAUCGUCAGAAUAUGGAUAACAAAGACAUGACUGAUUAUCGUUACGUGACUCCAUAUGUUUUCGUGGUUAUCACCAAAAAAAAAGGUUAUCCAUGCAAGCUACUUAUCGAUUCUGCUAUCGAUGAAUGGACCUUGCGGACAUAUAAUCCUGUUAUCAAAGAUAUUGAUUCUUCGUAUCAUAUAUCUAUUCUUGAUCACGAGCUUUUUAUCAAAGGAGUUUCUGAUCGUGUUAAUACGAGUGAUCAUGCUCAGAAGACUUUUCUAUGGGAUUUUGCGAGGAAUGCUUGGGUUACGAAUAAAGAAUCUAAUGAAGAUAGUGACUCUGAUGAUACCGAGGUUUUAUCGGGUCGUGGUACUGAUGAUGAUUAUGGUUUUGAGGAUUAUAUGGGGUCUGAUUCAGAGACGGGUGAAGAUACUGAUGAUAUGGACCAAACAGAUGAGUAUGAUUCUGAGGAUGAUUUUAUUGACGACGAUGAGACUUGUGAAGAAUCUGAUGGUUCAAGUGAUAGCUCAGAAGAUGAUAGCGGUGAUGACGAAGAUGAAGAUGAUGACGAUGCCGAUUCAACUGAUGAUAAUGAAAAUGAUGAUGAAGAUGUUAUGUUGGAUGAUGAGACUGAUAUUGACGAUGAUAGUGAAGAUCAACGAAACGUCGAACUGAGUGAUAUACUCAUCGAAAAGAAUAUUAGUAUAUCUGGACACCAGGAUUCGGUGCAUAUACUAAUUUUGAAACGUUCUUCUAUGGAGCUCAUAUUGUCGGAUGAACAGGGUGUAAAGAUUCAGGCCAAUGUUAGUGAUGGUGAGAUCAGUGUUGCAUCGUCUCGCAUAGAUGUUGGCAAGAUCACUAUAUCUUCCACAUCUCCUACUAAGUUCGAACUCAAUCCCCGUAUUCCUGAGUUAGAUGAGUUUUUGGAACAGUGA